AUGGAAAAGGUUUAUCAACAUUUUCUAACAUUAUUUCUGUCAGGAUUAUUUAUGUGUUACGCCCUAACUGAAGGUAAGCUCUUUAUGUUGUACUGAAUUGCGAAAGAUUCUGAAAAUAGCGGUUUGGUAAUAAAUUAAAACCCAUGCUUCGUCUAUUUCUCUUCCCGGAAGUUAAGCAAAUGAACAUCGUGCGCGUUUUUCCCCUGAGACUGAUUACGUAAAGGAAAGAUACUACAAAGUGAUAAAAAUUGACUCUAUUACCUGAACGGAUUAUAGUAUUGUCGCGGAGAUUGGGAGCUCACUAGCCUUGUGUCGCCGUACGCGAUGAAAUCAGCAAGCCGAGCAUUGAAACGCGUAAAAUUUACAAUCGAAUAGCCUAUCAUGACGUAAUCAUGACUCAGCUGAGCUAUGUUGAUCAUAUAUGUAGUUUAUUGGUAUGCUUUUUUCACUGCUUCACUUGUGUAUGGAUCGUUUUUAGUCACGUAGUCAGCAGCUUUGCAAAUUGCUUGGAAUAAAAGAAAGGUUUACAGUCAAACCAGGUGAAGCGUAUCCCCCCAAGAAUCCAUUAAUGAAUUUAUUAUUCAAAAGUUGAAUCCGUUGCUAGUAGAUUUCAGAUUGAUCUCUGCAUUCUUGUAUGUGUAAUGAGCCUAAAAAGCUUAAUCCAUUCCAAGAUUUCCAAUCUGACCAAAUUACAGAGAAGUUCUCGUAAAAUAUUCACUGUUCAUUACCCAUGCAGAAAUGCCGCUUUGAAUUUGACACCAGUUACGGGAACGACUGACGGAUUCAUUUUUCAAAUAGUCAAUUCACUGAUAGAAUCUUGGGGGGUACGCUUGACUUGGUUUGACUGUAACAUGUGAAAAGAGUUCAAUUCCCACAGGAUUUUUUUUGUACUCAAACAUGGCCGCUGUUACGUCAUGUGAAAACGCAAAACUAGAUGCACCACCACAUGGAUUUUCUAUUCAUGUUCCAUCUGAAUCGUAAAUAUCAUCCCUGGGGAUUAAUUAAUGAUAUGCAAAUGAGUAUAUAUAAUAGGAAACACUGGCAUGCAUUGUCCCAUUCGCUUCACUUUGUCCAACAGGAAGUACAUUGGCGAGUGGCGACCCACCCACCCUCCCCAGCCAGUAAGUCGGGUUCCAGAUUACCUAUUCAUGUAUUCAAUUCAGUCUGUCUUGGGCUUGUCCCAGGUCAGUUUGACUCCCCAUACCUUAUUAUAAUGUCAUGAAUAACAAUACCCAGGGAUGAAUAUUAUACUAUUCAAGUACAAACUUCUUGCCUCCUCUUCCUGAAACUUAUGUGGCAGCCUACUCUUCACGAUUCAAUUUUUUUAGUGUUCUCUUCCUUAUUCUAAGUCAAGAAACUUAUAUUGGCCUUCUUUUCAUUGAAAAGGAAGAGUACAAAUCACUUUUUGUGACGUUGACGACCUCAACAGGAACGGAAAUUAACCUGACGUCUCCUAUUGCUGGAUUUCAGUGUCACGCCAUUCGAAAUAGAUCAAAAUAAUAAUCAAAACCAUUCGAUAGAUAAAGUCCAGAAUCUGGGAAAUGAAGGGAGGUAAAUGUACAAAGACCCUAGCCAAGAUUUGGGUCGAAGGAAUAAUUUGUAUACGAGAUAUCCGAGGAAAUGUUUUACCCAAAUUUAUAGAGCUUUGUGUGGAGACGCCAUCCUGGAGCUCAUCCGGAUGAGCUCCAACAUGGCGGACGGAAACCAACAGAAACAUCUGUUACCGAGUUUUGCUACAAAAGCGUGAAUUUACUCCUAGAGGAACUCAUAAACAUUAAAGUAAUACUUUUUCUAAUACUUUAACUGUUUAGACAGCAAAAUUCCUCGAAAACAGUCACUUUUUAAACCUAAAUGACAGCUCUCUCGGCCGUCAUGUAAAUGCUGCGUCACGCAAAAGCUUAGAAAUUCAGGCGUACUCUUUUACAAAACCAAGAAACCUUUUGAAGCGAAAAUUUGUUCGAAAAUUCGUGUCUGAAGCUAUCUCCUUGAUCUUUCACACACGCUUUUAAAAAGAUUGAAACUACCCUGAGGUGAAAUUGCAUGUCAAAAGCGCUUCGUUCUCUACAGAUAACAGCCGAACACCAAGAUUCUCUAUUUUUUACUGUAUUUCUAACCACAAACUCUUUAUCCCAAAAUAUCUCGAUAACGCUCUUACAGAUUUCGCUUAAACUUCACGAACGUCGAGGCUGCUAUUGGAGGAAAAAGCUCUCGCGAAUGAUUUUCGAAGAACAGUUCCUAGUGCCGAGAUAUACUGCUGUAAGUAAAACAGCUAAUAGCGUCAUUUCGUUGCUAUGACAACUUCUAUGACGUUGCAACCCUGAUCAUAACAAAUUUCCAUCUUCAUCUAAUACAACUGUGAUGGUAAUUUUUCCAAAACUUUGUUUAUGGCGACGUAGUUUAUGCUCAAACUUGGGAGGUAUUGGUCCUGAAAAACUGUAUCGAGCCACCUUAAUACACCAUGAAAGAAAAAUCUCAGUAGGAAGGAUAGUUUUGUAGUUUUAAUUUUAGUGGCGUCAUGUAUUUAUACCAGAAGACGUCUUAGACAUCCAGACGCAUUAAACGUCUAACUUUUAAGUGCAUCGUUAAGUGCGUCCCGUUUUUAUACUAGACGUCUUAGGCCCGGUUCAGACGCCGCUCCACUCAAGUGCCGAACCUAACUGAUGAAUUAAGUAAGGCAAAAGAGCGGCGUCUGAAUCAGUUUGGUACGGCAGUUUUAGUUUGGUGCGGCAAAAGCGUUAAGUUCGACAGAGUCUGUCGAACGUUUGUCGAACUUAACUUAGGUUCGACGCACGGUACGCCGUCUGAAUCAAAUGUCGCGCCAGUGUCGCUCCAAAGUCGAACUUAUUCAGUUAGGUUCGGCACAUGAAAAGUACAGCGUCUGAACCAGGCCUUAAACGUCUGAGACGACGAAUUCAUCUGUUAAAAGCAUCGAUCGGACGCACUUAACUUCAGGCGUUUAAUUCGUCUGACGUUAAAUUCGUCUGCCUUAUUUCCCGUAUUUAUACUAGACGUCUAAGUCGUCUAAGACGUCUUAGACGUCCUCUAGUAUAAAUACGGCUAUUAAUGUGCCAACCAGAUGCGCAUUGAUUGGUUCAUGAAACAAAAGAUUAUUAUUUUUUUCACUCGACAAAUGUAAAUUACAGCAAUUAAAACAAUCCCAAUGUCUAUAAGUUACUAAAGUGGGCAACGGGCAACGGGCGAUGAGCGACGGGCGACGGGCGACGAGCGACGGGCGACGGGCGACGGGCGACGGGCGACGGGCGACGGGCGACGGGCGAUGAGCGACAAGCACCGGGAAUUGGAAAAUAAGACUGGUAACAAACCCUUAACAACCCCUUGCCCUAUCAGUAAAUUAAUUUCUAAUUCUCUCAGUUUUUUUUUUGUUCCUAGAAUUUUUCGGGAAUUCUCGUCGGACUAUGAGCAAGGCCGGUACAAUAUUCAAACCCGGAAGAGAUUUACCUCAGACAAUAUCAAUCCGUAAACCGGAGAUUUCGUGCCAAAUUAUUUUUUCGUACACUCUUUCUAUAUUUGAUAACUACUAACUUAUAAAAAUCUUUUUUAUGUUUUGUUUUGUUUUUGGCAAGAUGAAAUUAUAGUGAUAAAGGGCAGGCUACUCAGUCAAAAAAAGUGUGUCAGGAAUAAACUGAGUUGUGAACUUGUCCAAUGUUUUCCUUGAAACUUUUACUUAAAAGGUACUUUGACACUUGCAGCUCAACUGCGUCAUAAGCAUAUUAAGAAAAAAAGAAUUUAUCAAAUAAACAAAGUGAUAAAAUAAUAAAUUAAGGAAAAAAUCGGGGAAAGUGCAGCAAACAAAAUAACUCGCCUUCGCUUAACGUCCUCGUAGUUCCGUUUUGGGUCCAUUUCGUAUCCGUGCGCCAACGACAACCACACGCUUUUCAAGAGAACAACUUCCUGAAUAAUAAAUCUCUACAAAAACAUACCACACUAAAAGGAGAGCUUAAAACCAACAAUUUUUUUUCUUCUUUUCAGCUACGCAACACAAUUGUUCUGCAAUACGCGAUGAGGAGAAAGUUGGAUGUGUUCUCCCACAUCCUAAGAAUCCAAAUGGUACAGUUUGUUUACUUCACGGCUGUUGCUGGAAUCCAGCGGAACAAAACAUGAGACUAAAAUGUUUCACAAAAAGGUAG